AAUCUAUUAAACUGUGCAACUGUUUCCACAUUAAAGUCAAUCAAGUCCAGUUGCAGCCAGUGUGUUUCUUGUCCAGCCUGCCACCCUCCUUUUAAUUUGCAGGAGGAGGGAAAUCAUUUUAAUUCCCACAGUGGCUUAACUGCAAUUUCGGUGCAUCUGGUUGCUGGCCAGGGAAGAGCUUCCCCAUAGAGCAAAUUGAAGAUUAUCAUAAAAUUGUGUUACGAGGACCGUGUACCUUCCAGAUACGUCAAGGUGUACUGGCUUUGAGCAGCAAGGCUGGGGGGUACGGGGGUGGCUGGGGGGGGCGGCUGCGGGGAGCUGCCCCCGUGCCCGAUGCAGCCGGUGCCGCCGGCUCCCAGCCGGACCCACCGCUGCCGGGGGGCCCCGAGCCGAGUCUGCUUUGGCCAUGACGGCACCUGCUGAGCCUCCCUCCCCCUCCUCAUCGCCACCCACGAGCCUCUCCGUGUGCUUUCUCCCUGGCCCAGCUGAGGAGGGGGGUGACGGAGCGGCUUUGGCGGGCGCCUGGGCUCCAGCCAGGGUCAGCCCCUCACUCAAAGAAACGUCAACUCAGCUUCUUCUCAUUGCCGUCUCCGUAAGACAGUGUCCCAUCUCCAGAGCUGCUGUAAGUUACCGCCUGGCUUUUGGAUGGCCCUGCACAGUCGCUGCAACACAAGAAGUGCCGGUAAUGCAAGAUGGAGCGAGCGGCUCGAUGGUGGAACAAGCGAUCCUAUCUCCCCCUCUGCUGGAAAACCACGAUAUGGCCUCCUGGCAGAACACGGCGCUCCUUAAGCUUGGCUCUGGAAAGUAAGGUCAGGUUAGGCUGUGAGAGCAUCGGUCCCACUCCAAGGCCGUUAAGGAUGGUUGGGGCAAGGCUUUCCUCAGUGUCCACGUGCAGGGGGGGGAACGUCCAGCCAGAAGUCACGUGCCACACCCAUCACCUUCACAUCAGUGAGGAGCAAUGCGGGAGGACCCUUCAGACAAUCGAAGGUGUGACUGAUUUCCGAGCUCUCCGAGCAAAAUUUCAAAAUGACUCCAACUUGGCCAGCAAGCUGGUGCAGCCACACAAGAAGCCUCCCACCGAGAUCGUGCCCAAGCUGGGCUCUGGAGGGAACGCUGUGUCCAGCCCUCUGCCCCUGAGUAAGAGAGAAGGGAUAAUACUAAAACCCAAGGGUGAACCUGCCCAUCCUGCCCGUCCGCACCCUGCGCUCACCCAAUGCAACCCCUUGGCACAUCCUCCAGCCAAGCUGGGAUACGUGGAGCCGACGGGGCACAACAGAGAGCACAAAGGCAACAUCUUGGAGAAAGGGCCGAGUUCUCCCAAGAACAGUCCACAGAAACCUCUGCCAUCCCAUUGCACUGACCGGCAAGGAUCAGCCCAAAGAGCCUCAGAGGGCCCUGCACUCCCAAGUUCUUUCCACCAUGCCCUACGGAUGUGGGAAAACACUUUAUCCUGCAGCGAGAAAGCAAGUGCGACACUCCCAGCCCAACGGGCAGCAAACUUAUACGUGCACCCUUCCCUGGAGCAGAGGGCAGCGCGUGCUCCGGCUGUGCUGAGCAGCAGCAGGAUGCGACCAGCUGGCAGUGAGCCUGCGCUGGCCUUGCCUGCCCAGAAGAAGGAUGCUCUGCGCGGCCGUGGGCCGGCUCUUCCCCACACUCCCACAGGACACAGGAGCUCUGACGAAGCAGGUGCUGAGGGUGCAGUGGCAACCAAAUCCUGCCAGCUGGGUUAUCGUGCACCAAGAGAGCAACCUCAGCACCAAAAAGGAUCAGAGCCUCCCUUCUGCCAGCCCAGAGCAGGAAAAUGGUCUCCGUGCGCCAGGAGCAAGUGGCCAAGGAUUAAACCUCUCCCUUCAGCUGAAUCCCUGGGUCCUGCCCCUGGGAAGCCUGCAAGACCCCCAAAGUUCGAUCUCAGUGCUUUCCGAAGCACCAUACUUUCAGUCCACAGGGGGAAUGAAACAACUGCUGAAGAAGAGGAUUACUUGACCCCCGAAAGUGCCCAACUUGAAGAGCAUCAUAAUUAUGAAGAGACCCUGAUGUACCUGAAUCAGUCUGGGGACACCACAACCUUGUGUGUCAUUGAAGUACCCAAGGCAGAGCCUGAAGAACACAAGAAACAGAAGACAGAUUUUCUCUUUGCCAAAUCCAGUUCUGGAGGAGCUGUAGUAGAAGAUGAAAAAGAGGAAGAGCCAAGUCUUGAAAGAGAGAAACAGGAAGCAAAGAAAAUUCUCAAGACAGGUGGAAAUGGAUACAUAUCUCCCACUAGCUCAGCCAAGGAAGAUGGUGGAGGUGGGAUGAAGGUGCUGCCAGUGAAGCAGGAUGUGUCAAGUACCCAGGCUGCAGAGCAUCCUACCCUACAAGGGCUGGCAAAAGACGGAGCAGAGAUCUUGCGCUACAUGCAUGUUGGUGCCCCAAAACCAGGGGUAGAGAUAACAGCCUUGAACCAAAACACCUGGCAGUCUCUGCAGGCAUGGGAGGACAUAUAUGAUGACGUUGGGGAAAUGGAAGAUAGACUCAGCCACGGGUCGGAUGCCUCAAGUCCGUUCACUUCAGCCAGCAUUUCAGGAAACGGCUGUGAAGAAACAUAUGAAGAUGUUGAGACUGGGGGUGAUAAUCCAACAAAACUGGAAACAGAAAAACAGAAGAGAUUUGGAAACUUGUUCAAGAUAGAAAAGUUGAAGCUGAAGAAUACCAGGUUCAAGGAGAACUUAAGGUGUUCUGCCAUGUCAGCGGCUCCCUCCUGCACUACUGCUAAAGAUCGUCACAGGGAAGGAGCCACCAGGUUUCAUGCCAUUCUCCUGUUACAAAGAACCCUUAAAGCUCCAGCAAGUAUCUUAGAUACCUACAGUCAUUGUCACAUAUAAAUUGCAACCUAUGAUAUUGUCAGACUACAAGGAGGGAAUUACUACUGCCUACAGUUACCAACUGUCCGUCAACCCUCUAGCUAUUGGGAAUGGGUGCAGGAGUAGGCAGGAGGAGGGUGCUUUUGCCAAUUUGGACUGUUCUUCGGAUGCAAAGUAGACCUCUCUUAACCCACUUGACGAACACAUGGCUCCUGUUGCUGCCAGAGGGUGGAGAUGCUGAUUUAGCAAGGGCUGUGAUACUGGCAGAUGCUGUUGGUGUCACGGAGACCAUGCACCUAGACCUGCCUCCAUCUCUUCAGCAGCAAGCACUGCCAGCUUGUUGGUACUUGUGGCUUUCUGGGCGAUGCUGAUGUGCAAACUUGUUUCUAAAGGCUUCUUUGUAUCCGCAGACUGUUUUCCACUUCGACACCAAAUUUAGGUAAGCAACAUACAUAUAUCUGACUCUUGGGGAUUUGUGUGUGUGUAUGUGAAGAGGGAAAUGUAUUGCACAAUGGAAAAUGAACUUUACGCAUCGUGCCUUUCUGAAAAUCAUUUAAUGUGGCAGCAUUAAAAUGGGAAGACUUGACAGAGAUUUGUGCUUCACUUGGGGGUAGUUUGUCGCCCAUUUUGGGGUGUUUUUUCUUUGUAUAGGAGCAUUCCUCCUGUAGCUCUGAAUAUAUUCAGGAAGGCAACGUGCAAAGCAGUCUGUGCUGAGCCACUGCCUCCAGACUGGCAGUGGUGUUUAACAGCCGAUGGCACUCCAGCAGCUCUCUGCAAAACUAUGUAAAUGGGAGUGGACACAAAACCUGUUCCCACUAAUGAAGCCUUGAGAAGGUGCUGGAGUGAACGUACCCAUGUUCUCAGCAUGGAAACCCUGCUAGGGUUAGCUACCGUGUGAAGCUGGGGCUUUGCUACUGCUCCUACUCCAUCUCUGGAGCUGGAUGGCCAAACCCAUCCAGAAAACGUCUCAUACACUCAACUACCAAACCUGAGCAUCCUGCCUUGUGUGGGAGUUUUGCCUGGUUUUUGGAGCACUGAGGAUCUCGCUUUUGCAUUGCCUUGGCCUCGUUGGGUUGAGCAACUAGCAGCAGCCACAGUUUUCCUCUGCAAUACAUAAUUUGGAGGAGCGGGCUCAGAAGGACAUCUCCUAAUAAUUUUCUCUGCUGCAUUUUGGUUGACAGCGGCUGUUUCCCAGGAGGACAUGGUGUACGACAAUGUCGAGGUGGGGCAGAGAGAGCUGAGGUGAGGAGGGUGCCCUCUCCUGGGGCUGGCCUCGGGCCAAGGAGAUGUUCCUCUUGGCACAAACCUGUGCCCAGGGGAGCCUGCGGUACUGCAAGCCACUGGGGGUCAGGAGCUGGUCGGGACUUAGUCCUCUGGAGACAGUCCAGGUGCCCUCUCCAUGUGUGUUUAACUUGGCAAGUAGCAUCCUGCAAAAUGUUUUUUCAAUGUUACCUAGUUAGUGCCAGGGACGUGGAAAGGAGGGAGCUGCUCCCUGAAAUGUGAAAAUUCAGAUAGUUUUCCUAAGGAAGGAAAACUUCGUCUCCCAGACCCGAUAAUCAGCCCCAUCCUGGCAAGCUCUUGUCAGAAAAAAAUACUUUUAAUAGGAACAGCAUGUCUUGAUGUCUUGCUGCCAGAUGAUUGUGGCAGCAGCACGUGCUGGUAUAAAUCACAGCAAGUGUCUGCAUUACAGGGGUGGUUCUGGGGGGAGACAGAGAAAAAUCACAGCUCUGUAGGUACAGGGGCUUGGGGAGGGGAUGCGGUCUGCUGGAAAAAACCUUGAAUUUCUGUGUGGCUCUUUCCCCUCUUCUCAGAGAGAAGGAUGACAAGUACAAAACCUGGAUGCCAAAAUUUCUGAUGGCAAAAGACAGUAAGGACCAAAGGAGAAGCAGCGACGAUGUGGAAAGGUCUAGAUUCCCAUUCUGUGUU